AUGAGACAACCAAAGAAGGCAAUAGGAGGUAUGGAAGGGGACGACGAGACCUCGGCGGUGGAGGCAGUGCUGGGGCUGAGCCCUCAGAUCUUCAUCAACGAGGUCCUCAACAUGGUUGACGACAUCCGCUUCCAGGCCUUCGAGUACUGCCUCCAGUUACGCCUCGGAUCCCUCUCUGUAACAGCAGCUCACUUUCCCCCGGAAGGUGCCCCUGCGGCCGUCAGCACCGCCACGGCGACCAAUCAGGCUGAGGAGCUAAAACGGGGAGUAAAUGCAAUUUGCAACUUGGUAACGGAUGUAUUGAACAAAAGAAUGAGCAAUUGGGAGAUGUAUUGCCUUCGGAAAUGUUUAACUGUACCUGAAGGAUUUGUGGCACCUGAAGAUGAUAAUUCUUCUGCAACGGUGUUGCAUAAAGAUGGGAAUUCUGAUUCGGAACUGGAUGCAGAACUUAAUUUUUUGAGAAAAAAACUGGCAGACGCUAACACGGAAUCUGAAGAACUUAGAAGAGAAAGUACUUCCUUGGAAAGGCAAGCUACAUACAAAAGUAACCUUAAUUCCUCUAUAACUGAAGUACUGAAGUUGUAUGAAGACAAAUCUGUUAAGGAGAAUAUUCAAGGUAUUGUGAAGGCAAUACCGAAGUUGCACCAGAAAAUGAAGGUUAUGAGAAGGAAAAAGGUUGAGGUUGAGGCCAUGGUGGGUCAAAAUGUUUGGAACGUCGAUUGUCUUAGAGACCAGAAGCGUUUAGCACUGGGUAGGUAA